AUGAGCUUUAUUCGGGAAUUCAAGGUCGUCGUUGUCGGUGGGGGAGGCGUCGGCAAGAGCGCCCUCACGAUCCAGUUCAUCCAAAGUCACUUCGUCGACGAGUACGACCCGACAAUCGAAGACUCAUACCGCAAGCAGUGCGUCAUCGAUGAGGAAGUCGCCCUGCUAGAUGUGCUUGACACAGCCGGCCAAGAAGAGUACUCAGCGAUGCGAGAACAGUAUAUGCGCACGGGCGAGGGCUUCCUCCUCGUGUACAGCAUCACCUCGCGCAACAGCUUCGAUGAGAUCUCGACAUUCCACCAGCAGAUUCUCCGGGUCAAAGACAAGGACUACUUUCCCGUCAUUGUUGUGGCCAACAAGUGCGACCUCGAGUAUGAGAGGCAGGUUGGAAGCCAUGAGGGUCGCGAGCUGGCAAAGAGCUUUGGUUGCCGCUUCAUUGAAACGUCGGCCAAGCAGCGCAUCAACGUCGAUGAGGCCUUCAGCAACUUGGUGCGCGAGAUCAGGAGGUACAACAAGGAGCAAACGAUGGGCCGUCCAGGCGCAGGGGGCGUACCAGGCCAAGCGGGUGGCAUGGAGAGAUUCCAGACCGAGGAUGGCAAGCACUCGAGCGGCUGCUGCAAGGGCUGCGUCGUCCUCUAA